CUCCCCAUCCCCGCAUGUGGCCUUGCAAGCCAUUGUUGUGUGUCGGGUGACGUCACAGUGUGCGGGAGACAAGGGGAGAAGAAGAGGAGGAGGAGACAAGGAGAGAAGGAGACAAGGAGAGGAGGAGAGAAGAGGAGACGGAGCGGCGUGCGCCUGGCGAGACAAAGGCGGGGAGGAGCGUGGCGGAGAGAAGUGAGGUCACAGCAGGCAGCAGCAGCAGACAGACUUGGUGGACACUCGUCAAGGUCCAUGUUGGAGGGAGAUGAGACUGAGACUAAGACUAAGACUAAGUCCGCGUAUUCCUCAACAUUUUUCCCCCUCAGCCUUUCUCUUCUGCUGCUAGGCGGCUAAGUGCUAGCUGCUAAGUGCUAGCUGCACAAAGGCGGCGCUCCUCUUCCCGGCUUCUCCUUCUUCUCUUUCCCACAACAAGUCGGCGUGAGUCCACCGAGUCGCCAUCAGGUCAGUCCACACACGGCGGCCGUCCGUGAUCUGAUGUGAGAUCCACGAUGCCGAGCCCUUUAUUCCACCCCGAGAUUAUGGAGCACGACGUGGUGAUCAGCAGCCAGCACAACGGGCUCGCUCUGCCCCGGGAAAGCGAGCAGGAGUCCCGGGACGAGGACCACCAGGAGGUGCUGCGCUUCGCCCUGGACCAGCUGUCACUCAUGGCCCUGGAGAAGGUGGACUGCGUGGACGGCAGCCAGGCGCCCGGCUCAGAGGCUUACGUGGAUCUUCAGAUGCUCGACCACCCCGGCGGCUCCCGGGACUCGCCCGCAUCCUGCUCCCCGUCGCCGGAGUACUACGGCUCGGGCGGCUACCACAUGUCUGGCUCGCACGCCCUGCUCCAUGGGGAGCAGAGCAGGAAGAGAAGCGUCAACAUGACGGAGUGUGUGCCGGUGCCCAGCUCGGAACAUGUGGCGGAGAUCGUGGGCCGACAAGGUUGUAAGAUCAAGGCGCUGCGUGCCAAGACCAACACUUACAUCAAGACCCCCGUCCGAGGGGAGGAGCCGGUGUUCAUCGUGACCGGGCGCAGGGAGGAUGUGGAGAUGGCCAAGCGGGAGAUCGUCUCUGCCGCUGAACAUUUCUCCAUGAUCCGGGCGUCCCGCUGCAAAGCCGGAGGACCCGCAGGAGGAGGAGGAGGUGGAGGAGGGGGAGGAGGCUCGCUCCCCGGACCCCCGCACCUCCCUGGACAAACAACCAUUCAGGUGAGGGUGCCCUACAGAGUGGUGGGCUUGGUUGUGGGACCAAAAGGAGCCACCAUCAAGCGCAUCCAGCAGCAAACCCACACCUACAUCGUGACGCCCAGUCGAGAGAAGGAUCCCGUGUUCGAAGUGACCGGCAUGCCCGAGAACGUGGAUCGGGCCAGGGAGGAGAUCGAGACCCACAUCACGCUGAGAACCGGAACCUUUGUGGACCUUCAGGGGGACAACGACUUCCACACCAACGGCACAGACGUCAGCCUGGAGGGUCUGGGCUCCCUCAGCGCGGGCCUGGGAGCGUCCUUGUGGUCCCGGGCCUCCCACCACCAUUCCGCAGCACCGCCUCCGCCCGCGCCGCCCUCUUCCCCUCCCAACCCCCCCAUGUCUGUCAAUCACUCCAGCGGCCGCAAGAUGGCCUACCACACGCACAAUAGCGCCAUGAGCUCAGACAACUUCAGCGCGGGGCGCAAAGCCAACGAGGGAGGGAGUCCCACCAGUCCCUUCAGCACAGGGUCCAGCAGCGCCGGAGGCGGCUUUACUUUCGGAGGCGACUCCACCCCGGGACUCCCGUCUUCAGAAGAACUUGGCUUUGAAUUCAGCGCUUCUAACAUCUGGGCGCCUUUCGUCAACGGCGCCAAGUCUGGUGGCGCCUCGCAGCAGCAGCAGCCCGUACGUCGUAACAGCAGCGGUCUCAGCGGGGGCGCCGUCACUCCACGCUUGUCCCCGACGCUGCCUCAGGACACGGGCCCCCUGGAACACCCGUUGGCCCGCCGCGCCCAAAGCGACCCCCUCAGCACGCUCUCCUGGUUGCAGUCCGGCAACGCUGCGGGCGGAUCCUUCUCCGGAGGCUCCAGUUCCAGCUCUGGCGGCUCCUCUACCGGCUACUCAUCCUGCUCGGCCUCCUCGCUGCCCGGGGGCUCGCCCACCGACUCCGAGGGCGGCGGUGGCAGCGUGGGCCUCAGCUCUGGGAUGCUGAGUCGACUGAAAGGCGGGCCCGGCGUGGUGGGGCUGGGCGGCGUCAACAGGGACUGCUUCGUGUGUUUCGAGAGCGAGGUGACGGCCGCCCUGGUGCCCUGCGGCCACAACCUCUUCUGCAUGGAGUGUGCGGGCCAGAUCUGCCAGUCUGCAGAGUCCGAGUGCCCCGUGUGCCACACGCCCGCCACUCAGUGCAUUCGCAUCUUCUCUUAAUAAUAGUGACAGUCAUGCCAUCAUCAUCAUAAUAAUAAUAAUAAUAAUAAUAAUGACGCUAAGGAGUUCUUUUGGGGGUGGUCUUCAAACUUGUGUCUUAGCUCUUCAGGCCUUCAUUUUGGGACCCUCGUCUUUCAUUUUGGGACCCUCGUCUUUCAUUCAGGCUUCUUCUUUUCGCAGCCUUUCUUUUUCACACUUUUUCUACUUAGCAGAUAUUUUUCGACAAAGCUGUCAAAACGAGGCCUGCACCUUUUUCUACUUUUCUCUUCAUGUGCUGUGCAAGCCCCGCCCCCUCAUGACCACAUGAUCCCAUCUCUCGCUCGCGGACUACUUGGCCACGCCCCCUCAGCCAUGAAGCCAUGCCAAAUGUUAGACGCCAGCACAAUGCAGCAUUCUUUCUCCUUGGCCUCUCAGGUGUGGACGCCCGGCCCGCUGACAAUCCCUUUACCCCCCCCCAUGUGUGUGUGUGGUUACUGCCGGCCCCUCCCCCCACGGCGUGCUUAAAGGAAGGCCGUGAUCCCCCACUUCCUGUCUGUUACUUCCAUGAGCUCCUUCAGUGUCAUCUUCAUCCUGUUUCUGUCGCCUUUGAGGACAAGUUCCAUACAAUAAUUCUGAGGGGGGGGGUGUCACUGAACUCUGUUUCCUGCACUGAAGUCCCCCCCGACUCACCUAAACUGCUUUUAUUUUGGUCUUCCACCUCUGCUGGGCUGCGUCCAGCGCCACCUUCCCGGCCAUCAGCAGCGCACCAAGUGUCUGCCCCCUGUUGUCCUCCUGGUGGCGCUGCUGGAGGACUUCUCCUUAAUGGCAGCUACGUCAUCCAGGGCUUCCACGCUCACGUCGUGUUCCAAACCCAGCAAGAAUGUUGAUGAAGGCAGGUGGAGAGAAUGUUGGCGUCAUGUACUUUUCAGUCACACACAAAAAAGGUACCCGUUUUUUCAGCUUGUCUGCUGAUUUUUAUUUUUUUAGCCAAAUGAUCCCCUCCCCCAUUGCCUUCCUUCAAGGUUUGAAAACAGGGUUUCCUGAGGCAGCGACCUCUGACCUUUUCUUUUUGCUGAUUAGAGGGGGGAUGUAAGGAGAACCUGGCCAAUGAGAAGUGGGGGGGCAAACUCCUCUAUUUUCUUUAUUGCUUUAACUCUCUUUUUGUACGCUGAACCAAAAUGUCCAGUCAGCAGACGCGUGCGUGUAAAUAUCCUCAACAAUCAUCUUUUUACCAGUUAGUGGACACACCUGUACUUUCUCAUCCUUUGUAAGUUACCCACCUGCAUGUCUUCAAGCCACCUGGCGUUAGAUCAUUUUUAACAUUGAAAGAGAAAAAGACGACAAAAAACUUUUUACACAUUUUUAUUUUUUACAAUUUAUUUGCUUACCUAAAUAUCCCAGACAAUAAUGUGAGCCUUUUUAUUACUUCAAAUGUAUUUUUUAUUUUUAUUUGUUUCCUUUUUCAUUAUUUCCUGUGUAUUACAUAUAGGCGAUUUAUAACAAAAUGAGAAAAAUUAUUGAAGAAAUUUUUUAAAAUUGAAAUAUAUUUUAUUUGAAAGUUUAUGGACCUUUUAACCAGACGCCGUGGAAAUUGUAUAAUCAUAUAAUUUGUGCUGGUUUGACGGUUAUGAGAAAUGUAUCAAGAGUUUUAUUUUUUAUGCUUCUUUAAUAAAAUCUUUGGUUUUAGUUCCAUUUUUUUACUGUAAAAUGA